GAGGUGUGCGUUGCUGUCCUGGGUGCUGCUGGCUGCACGUGGACGACCCGCCCCCCCGCCCCCGCCCCCGCCCCCGCGGCCGGAAGAGGCAGGGGUAGUCAGCACGGGGCACGCGGGGCCGAUGCAGUGCAGAGAGCCCCCGGGGGCCCAGGGCUCCCGGCCGUGGGGACGGCGAGACUUUCCCGGGGGCCUCGUAGUGAGGACCCUGGGCGGGUGCAGGAGUCACAGGCCCAGCCGCCCCUGGCGCGAGACGUGCGAAGUGCCCGGGGCUGUCCCUCUCCCCGGCGUGUCCCGGCGCCUGGUGUAGUUAUCUGUCGGGCACAUACUAGGCUCUCAACGGUGUUUGCUGAAUGACUGACUCGGUGAAACCCAGUGGCCUGACACCCAGGUGCAGUUCUAGAAGAGACUAAUAGACAAGUCACGAGUAACCUGUGUCAGAUGGGUUCCUGGUUCGGAAAGCCUUUUCCUAGUAGCCCAUUCCAGUGGGAACAUGUACUUGUAUAAUGUGGAGCACGCUUGUGGCACCACAGCCCCCCACUACCAGCUUCUGAAGCAGGGAGAGAGCUUUGCCGUGCACACUUGCAAGAGCAAAUCCACGAGGAACCCGCUCCUCAAGUGGACGGUGGGCGAGGGGGCCCUCAACGAGUUUGCUUUCUCCCCAGAUGGCAAGUUCUUGGCGUGCGUGAGCCAGGACGGCUUCCUGCGGGUGUUCAGCUUUGACUCGGUGGAGGUGCACGGCACCAUGAAAAGCUACUUUGGAGGCUUGCUGUGCGUGUGCUGGAGCCCGGACGGCAAGUACAUCGUGACGGGCGGAGAGGACGACCUUGUGACCGUCUGGUCCUUCGGAGACUGCCGCGUGAUCGCGCGGGGCCACGGGCACAAAUCCUGGGUCAGCGUGGUGGCGUUUGACCCCUACACCACCAGCGUGGAAGAGAGCGACCCUAUGGAGUUCAGUGGCAGCGACGAGGACUUCCAGGACCUUCUUCACUUUGGGAGAGACCGAGCAAACAGUACCCAGUCCCGGCUGUCCAAGCGGAACUCGACCGAGAGCCGCCCCGUCAGCGUCACGUAUCGGUUCGGCUCCGUGGGCCAGGACACGCAGCUCUGCUUAUGGGACCUCACGGAAGACAUCCUUUUCCCCCACCAGCCCCUCUCCAGAGCAAGGACGCACACGAACGUCAUGAACGCCACGAGUCCUCCUGCCGGAAGCACUGGCGGCAGCGUCACGACCCCCGGCAACUCGGCGCCCCCUCCCCUGCCGCGGUCCAACAGCCUCCCGCACUCCGCCGUCUCCAGCACCGGCAGCAAGGGCAGCAUCGCGGACGGGGCCGUCGCUUCCGGGGCCAGCAAAUUCGCGACACUCUCACUACACGACCGGAAGGACAGGCACCAUGAGAAAGAUCACAAGCGAAACCAUAGCAUGGGACACAUCUCUAGCAAGAGCAGCGACAAACUGAACCUCGUUACUAAAACCAGAACGGACCCAGCUAAAACUCUGGGGACGCCCCUGUGUCCUCGGAUGGAAGACGUUCCCUUGUUAGAGCCGCUCAUCUGUAAAAAGAUAGCGCAUGAAAGACUGACUGUGUUAAUUUUUCUUGAAGACUGUAUAGUCACUGCUUGUCAGGAGGGAUUUAUUUGCACAUGGGGAAGGCCUGGUAAAGUGGUAAGUUUUAACCCUUAAUGCUGCACCAGAUCUAGAACUUGAAUAGGUAGUGAUUUUUUUCUUGCGGGAGGGGCGGGGUGUACAAUGAAUGUGAAUGACACUUCUUAUUCGUAAUGUAAAUCUAAAUGCAUCAGAGCCAUAAUUUUGGAUACUGCAUGCCACGUAAUUCUGAAUCAUUUGAUAAUUCACCUUAGAACGUUUAAAAAAUAUAAUCAAACUAAUUGCCAGCCAAGUCAGUCACCCUCCUGGGAGUAUAUAGAGUCCCAAGGUUAGCGUUCCUGUAUUAGACGAUUGCGAUCUUAGGAAAAUCAUGACAGUGUGGGGAAACAAUGACUUUAAAAUGCUAAAAUUAAAGUUUCUGCUUUAACUGGAGUAUUUUUGCUUAACUACUCAAUUAGAAUAUUGUACACCUGAUCAGAGUGUGUGUUCAAUACGAACGGCCAUUAAUUGUCAUUUCUAGUCCAACUUUUUAUCCGAAUCAUAAAAUGUUUAGGAAUCUAUGGAAUUUAACUUUAGGAACAAAGCGUUCAGCAGGGUUGAUUGAUAUUAUUUUUACAUUGUUCUGGCAAUCCACAGAAAGAGAAGAGCCUUAAUUUUUAAAACCCAUUUUAGUCAUUUUAUGACAAUUAAAAUUGUUUAAUAAACAUCUUUUUUCAAAGAA